AUGAGGACGGGAACCCUGCAACGCCACAUCCUGGUCACCCGAAUCGAAAGCGCCAAAAUUUGGGCGGCGCCGGUCCUCUGGAAUGGGAUGCCACCUCAAUCUUUCCCAGAUACGACCGCCGCUCCUGCAGAACCGUCCACAGGCUGUCCGUCGAAUCGAUCAAGGUGCGAUGCUUCGACGGGGUGUCCUGCGGUCCAGUCUCUCGAUGAUGGAACGUCUGACGAACAACCAGGUCGAGACGGACUGGACUCUGGCAUGCUCUACCCUGCAUCCCCAUUCAGGAACAGCGGCAGCGAAUUGGCGCUCGACGCGGUCACGUCCGAACCAGAUUUGCCCCACAUCAUCAAUGACCUAUUCGAUCUAUAUCUACGGUCACCGACCACCUCUCCGUCACCAUCCGACACUGCAAGGAGCCUGAGUGGCACAAUUACCGUUCAACGCGACGGAUACAUUCGCAAAACGCCGAGGAAGAUGGAGCACCAUGUAAGGGACCGCUGA